CACUGCUUAGACAUUGUCUUUGCAGACACCGCCGCAUCCGAUACUCGUCCCGAUCCCAACACUCGGGUAAAACAUAGCCCAGCACACCGCAAUCCGCAGACAUGCCGAAAGGCGAGAACAGCAAGAAGGCUGCGGGAAACGCAAAGAAGGCCGAAGCGGCAGCAGCCAAACAAGCUGUAGAGGAUCAGAAGAAGGCAGCAGCGGAGAGCGAGAAAUGGGGCAAAGGCGCCAAGGACAACAGUAAAGCUGCCGCAGCAGCCGAGAAGCAAGCCGAAGCAGCACGGAAGAAGGCCGAGAAAGAAGCACUGCUCAAGGAAGAAGAGGCUUCGUUGCCCAGUAAAGGCGGCAAAGGCAAAGCCGCUCCGAAGAAGUCCAAAGGACUCGAUCUUUCCGGCCUCGACGCACCGUCCUCGAAGAAGGAACUUGCAGCACUCAAUGCUACGGGUAUCGACAACGCCCUCGAUGCGCUUUCUCUUACGACCGAUAAUAAGGAGAAGAUCGAUCGCCAUCCUGAGCGUAGAUUCAAAGCUGCUUAUACACAAUUCGAGGAGAGGAGAUUGGAAGAGAUGAAGGACGAGAAGGGGCUCAGACGACAACAGAAGAUCGAUCAGAUUCGCAAGGAGUUUGAGAAGCACCCAGACAACCCGUUCAAUCAAGUAGCGGCGUCGUACAACAUGUCCAAGGAAGAGAUCAACGAACUGAGGGAGAAGCAGAAGCUGGCAAAGGAGAAUUUGCUUACUCAAUCAUGAAGGGCUGCAGAACUACGGGAUCAGGAGGAAAGAGUCAAUACAGCAUGGAAGUCGAACGAGUCACUUACCUGCGAGGCCAAGCAGCUACACCAGGUCGGUUCGCGGUCUCUAAGUUACAUGGAUAGAUGGCGUGGAACAGACCACAUAUUAUCAUGAGCAUUCGAGCAUAUCGCUACCCACUGUGCUACAAGAAAGCAAGCUUUGCAAAUAGCUGGAACCCAUGGUAGCAGAGAAUAUAUCAACCAGCUCCUCACCACAACUCAUAUCAUCCUCAACCUUUGUCAUGUCAGUUGUGACAGUUCAAUGAGGCAGUGAAAGGUGACAUCCGUAUCUGGGUCAGGAGGAAAACGAUAGGCUGUGUAACCCAGAAGAUGUCGAGAAGGGUCAUUUCGACGGAAGCGAAAUCAUAUUCGUGGAGUUGCACGGAGCUUGGACUGGGCCGAGAGUUGCGUGUCUUCCUAACAUACAUUCUUGGUGCCCACUUGGUUGGCUUCUUGAUACUCCAGCGCUGGCUGUGCUGGUGAUCAAUAAACGUGGUGACCGUUUACGUUCUGCCACGUGCCACGUACCAAAUUCUCGGAUUCGAGUCCAAAUACUCCCCCAGCCAGAUGUCUCUGACACGCCAACACAAGAUUCUGCAUUGGCAGCGAGAUGGACCCCAGAUGCAAUCACAC